AUGCUGGAGAGGCAGCAACAUGCGCUGCGGGACGACGCCCGAGACGCCGCGCCGCGGUUACCAGACUCGCUCUCGGGCGAGAUCAACGCUGCUACACGUUCCCUCCACACAAACCUUAACCGCCUCAUAACCUCGCGCCUGCCGCUUGCGCUCCCGCCUUACACGACAGACGCCACACUCUACGCAACGGGCCUGCUGCAUUUCGCCCACAUCUUCCUCACCUUCGAGUCUCUGUGGGCGGAUCUCCUGCGCGAUCAUGCGCAUGCCUCACAUACCGCCUCCACACACCCCGCAGCAGUCGAGUCUGAACCCGCGUCCCCGCCCUUCUCGCCACUGUUGUCGUAUCUCCUCGUGAACCCGUACGACUCGCCCUCGCUCUUCACGUCAACACUCGGUGCGCCGACACCGCCUUCUCCUCAACUCGCUGCUUUUCUGAAAGCGCUACGGCCGAGGGGGUUGAUACGCUCGAGUCGGUUAAAGCGGGAUCUGGAAUACCUGCUAGGAGUCCACCCCACGGAUCUCGAAGUCCUACUGGCGAAAUACCCCGGCGACAAGGUCGCAGACUUCUGCACACACAUCCGCAAGAGCGUGAACGAGAAGCCUUGGACGCUCGUCAGUUAUGCGUGGUGUUUCUACAUGGCCGUCUUUUCCGGGGGCCGCUGGAUACGAAGUAUGCUCUUGAAAGCACCGCCAGGUUUCUGGCCAGAGGAGCAAGACGGCGAAGAUACGGGUUUAGUAGAACGCGGCUUAUCCUUCUGGCAUUUCCUCGGCCCCCACGACGGCGAAGACAUUAAAGCCGAUUUCAAAACCCAACUCCUCGCCGCGGAAACGCUUUUCACGCCCGACGAGCGCGUCCAUAUUAUCGAGGAAGCGAAGAACAUUUUUCGGCUUUGCGCGUCGCUCGUGGAUGAGCUGGAUGAGAAGGUUGGCACAGACUUGUCACCCAUGGAAACGACACCGAUGGUUCACUCCGAACCCAAGAUUCCGAGUCCGAGCAAAGAAGAGCGUCUGAACGAUGCGAAUGUCACUGUUAUAGGGCAUGUGAUGAAGACAAGUGAUCCGUUCAAGACAUUUCUCAGGAGGCCGGAGGUCACGGGGACGUUGGUUGCGGUUGGUUGUUUGGCUUUGGUUACGUUGUUUAAGGUGCAGUGA